AUGUUGGAGUAUCGUCCACUUCGUUGGGAGAGAUUUGCCGAAAAAAAGAUAAGGUUGGGGCGUCUUAUCACCAGCCUGCCUUAUCUGUUGCCGUAUCGGGACGCCCAGACUAGGCCAAGCAGACAAGAGCUCGAGUCCCAAAAUGAAUGCGUUCGAGACCUGUUCCAUUCGACUCAAAUUCAGUUUUAUCCCACCAACUCGGCUCUUGACCCCCUGUUGCCGAGUGUAAGAAGCUAUCUUAUGCCAGCCGACUCCUAUUCCCUUUUAUUCGCCCUCAACUUUCCAGCAUAG